AUGGCUUCAUCUACAGAGAGUCGUGUUGCCAUAAUUAUUGGAGCCACUUCAGGCAUCGGACUCGACCUAGCCAAGCAUCUCCUUACAAAAGAUUGGAAAAUAGCCUGCACAGGCCGACGUCAGUCCGCCGGAACCCAGCUUCUAAUAGACCUUGACACGGUCAAUGCGGAGUUCUACGCAGCAGACGUCUCAAAAUACGAAGACUCGGUCGCCGUAUUCCAGAAAGUCUUUCAACGCUGGGGCCGCAUUGAUGCCGUAUGCGUUAAUGCGGGCAUUGUCGAUCAAUCAUCCAUCUACAUAUAUGAAAACGGUAGCCAAAAAAAGAACAUUGAAGAUGUACCCCCUGCACCGGAUACUUCUGUCGUUGAUAUCAACUACAAGGGCGUGGUGUAUUGCACGCAGCUUGCGACACAUUUCAUGCGAUACAAUCCUCAGCGUGGAGGGCGGGUUAUUAUAACGGGCAGCAUCGGGGGUGUGUUUCCUCAUGAAUCGUAUCCGGUCUAUUGUGGAACCAAGUCUGCAGUAAACCAGUUCGUCCGUGGAGCUGCUCCGUUAUUGAAGAUCAAGGAGAACAUCCUGCUUAACGUUGUGAUGCCGGGAAUGGUGAACACACCUAUUGUUCCGCCCGAGAUGAUUGCUGCUGUUUCGCCUGAGUGCCUUACGCCCGUGGAGACUAUCCUGAGGGCCUAUGAUGUAUUCUUGGAUGACACCACUGGUAUGGCAGGACAAUUACUCGAAGGAUCAGCUGAGAGAUUGAUCUACUACCCAAUGCCUGAGCCAGGGAACGGUCGUGUAACCGAGCGGGCGGUUACUGUAUGGGAGCCUUUAUUCGAGAUGAUGCAUGGUGAGAAGUCGGGACUUCCUGGAGCAAUCCCAUAA